UAUGGAUUAGUAUUACGUCAGAUCAUGACACGUGUACGGUGGAUAACUCAUUCUCUCUCCUCCCAUCCGGCUAUAAAUGGGUCACGGGUUCCUUGCCUAUUAUCCGUCCAGACUUGAAAGCUUUUCUCGGUUUUCAUUCAUUGCUUUCGAUUUUCUCUCAUUUUUCUAGCCCUAGAAAAUGUCUUGCUGCGGAGGAAACUGUGGAUGCGGCACUGGCUGCAGCUGCGGCAGCGGCUGUGGAGGAUGCAAGAAUUACCCAGACAUGAGCUACUCAGAGAAGACCACCACUGAGACCCUCAUUGUUGGUCUUGCCCCAAAGAAGACAUUCUUUGAGGGAACUGAGAUGGGUGAGGCAGCUGAGAAUGGUUGCAAGUGUGGAGCUAACUGCACCUGUGACCCUUGCACCUGCAAAUGAGACCCAAUCAAAAUCAUCAACCAUAAUAUAGAAAUAUAAUAUAUAAUUACGUAGUAUUAGCAGUAGUGUCUGCGUUUGAGGGUAUGGAAGCUUCUUUAAAUUAUGUAACCUUCAAAAUAAAGUGGCCAUGGUUGUUUCACGGUUUACUUGGUUGUUUGUUUGGUUUUGUUUGUACACAAAGGUUAGUAUGUCAAGGUUGAUGAGAGUCUCUUUUUAUCAUGGGAGGUUUAUAUAUGAUAAAUAUGUAUGUUGAGUUUGAAUGACUUAAUGAAAACUCGUCUUUAGUGUUUGAUAAA